AUCACAGUUGGUGAGCUGUGCACAUUCAUACUUCCCUUUCAGCCUUCAUGUAGGAUUACUGCUGAAACUUUUGCUUUGUCCAAGAUGAACACAAACACACAGCAGGGGACUGUUACCUUCAAAAAGCCAAAUGCUUCUUUAUCUGCAGAGAAAGUUGAAGAAGCCGUUUAUGCUACUGUAGCAGUACGCACUGUGGACAAAAUGCCAGUCACCUUAGAUAAGAAGUCUCCCUCCUUCACUCAGUCUGUUCCAACAAUAGCAGUGAGUUGGGUUGUACUGCUUGUAAUUGUGGGUCUUCAUAUCUACUUUACCUCUGUCAUUUCUGAAAACAACAACAAGCUGAAUGAAGAAAUCCUUAACCUGACAACACGAAACCAGGAGCUGGAGACACGAAACCAGGAACUAGAGACUCAAAAGCAGGAGCUGGAGAAACGAAACCAGGAGCAUGAGAAACGAAACCAGGAGCUGGAGAAAGAGAGGAACAACUUGACAGAAAAAAUACAAAACAUUCAGACAGAGUGGAAUGAGCUCAACAUCACUCGAACUCAGUGGAGCAUUGAUUCCUACUGCCCCAAAAAAAGCAACCCAAGACAGUGUAAAGCCUGUGAGGAGGGCUGGCUGAUAGAACAGUCCAGCUGCUAUGUGAUUUUUGAUGCUCAACCUCCAGGUCAGAGAAACUGGGAAGGAGCUCGAGAAGACUGCAGAGGAAAGAUUUCAGAUUUGGCUGUUGUAGUUAAUGAACAGGAGAAGAAAUACAUCAUUGAGCACAGUUGGGGCAGUUCAGGAGACAAGGGAUACUGGAUCGGCCUGAGAGCUGAAGAUGGGAGAUGGAAGUGGGUGGAUGGACGUAAUCUGACUGAAAGCUCCUGGAUACAACAACCUGCUAUCAACGGUCAAUGUGUAAUUUCUGUCGAGAACAGAGGAUGGAAAUCAGCGAGCUGUAGUGACAGAAACCGAUGGAUCUGCAAAAAGGCGGCUUUAUCUGUUUAAACAAUGGACGUGGAAUGCUUACAAUUUGUAUAUUAGUAGAUUGAUGAAAGGGACCAGGGACAAGGUUUCCUACAUGUACACAUUAUUACUGCUGAUUGGCCAACACAACAUGGCUUCUGAUCAGUCUCUCCGCAAUAUGUUAGUGGAGCUAUUGUCAUAAGUAUUUGUAUGCUGAUGUAGAGAAUAUUUUUAUAUAAUUUUAUUAUUAUGUUGCAAUAAUUACAUUUGAUUAUGAUUUUUAAA